AUGUCGAUCUCACCGUCCAACAAACCGCCAUUCACGUCGAAAUUCCACUUGAGGCGCAUCGGAACGACCAGAGAGAACGUCUCGAAAGUCGAGACUUGCGUUUUGUGAGUUAUAAUGAUCUUGAAAGAUUUUUUUGAUGAAUAAUUAGAGCGCUUGUGUUGUUUUUAUCAUUAUGGAGAAUUGACUUUUUCUUAAAUCUAUUUUUGUGACUCUUAGAAAAUAAAUAAUCUCUUUUUUUAAAAUCAGAAUCACCAUAUGAUUAUUCAAGUUGAGAUGUUUUUCCCUUUUUUUGUCUAUUUUUUUAUAAUAAAAUAGGACGAAAAUUGAAUUUUUUUCCUGUUUUUCUACAACAAAAAAAUUGACAAAAUUGCAGUUUUUUUCUCUGUUCCUAUUGAUUCUUCGGAGAAAAAAAUAUAGUUUUAGAAACGUGAUUUUUUUCACUGUUCGACCAUUUUUUUCGUACUUUUUUUAUAACAAAAUUUGACGAAAAAUUGAAGUUUUUUUCUUGUUUCAUUAAUUCUUUAGAGAAAAAAAUACAGAGUUUGAAAAUCGUGGAUUUCUGGUUUUUUUGUUGUAGUUUUUCUACAAUUCGAAAAAAAUUUUUUCUUUGUUUCCAACACAAAAUCACGAACUUUUGACUAUUUCUUCCCGUUUUAUCGAAUUUUACAAUGAAAUUCCAGAGUAUGAGAAAAAUAUUUUGUGAUUUUCUAUUUUUUUUUGUCACAAAAAUUAUGGAAUUUUGAGGAUUUUCCCUUUUUUUUAAAUUUGAGAAUACCUUUUCAGCAUCUUUUUUGGGAGUUAGAAGUUUUUUUUUCAUGAUUUUGGAUUUUUUCGAAAAAAACUAUCACUUUUUGAAAAUAUUUUUUCAAUGCACCAAUGGAACAUUUUCAGGCUAAGCUACUACACGAAAUUCGGCCGAAACCCGGAAAAAUGCGACGUCGUACUGACAUCGGCCAAUACAAGGUCUGAAAUGAAAAAAGGAUAAUAUGCGAAAAAAAAAUGAAAAUUCUCAUGGUGUUUUUUUUUGAGGCUAGGGAUUUAGAAAACAGAUUUUUUUUUGCGGGAAAAAAAAAAAUCAUUUUCAAAGAAAUUGGAAACCCUUGAGGAAUAACUAGGGCCAGGCCUCGAAAUUCCCCCUAUAGGGGUCACUGAAGCUUGCCAAAGGGGCUAUUUUAGGGAUUUUAGUCAGUGGCCACUCUAGGGGAGCAUGCUAGUGGCCUGUGCGUCUUUUAAUUUAAAAAUCAGAAUUUAAACAAUUUUUGUAAGAUCACUGUAGGGACCACUUGAACUUUAAGGGCUCUGUGGUCAGAUUUGAACUCCUAUAGGGUCCACCUAAAUUUCAGCCCUGUAGGGACCACUAUCUUGUCCACUAUAGGUGCGUUUUCUUUAAUUUAAACGAAACUUGUUUAAAUUGGAUACUAGGAACAUUUCUAGUGGCCUCUUUAGGGUUUUGAAAUUUUAGUGGUCACUAUAGCAGUCGAACUAGUGGCCACUUAAGGGGCAAAAAAUGUAGAAUCCAAUUUAGAAGCCCAAGUGGUGCAAUUAGACCACUUGAAGUUUUAGAGGCCACUUUAGGGAUAACCAUAACUGCUCGGGAAAAGUCGGAAAAAUGGAUAAUGGCAGCAAAAAUGCUCAAACAAGGCUGUACAAAGGGCCCUAAAAAGAGAGAAAAGAUUCUCUUUACCGAGCCUGCCAGUUUUUUGUGUGAUUUUGAAGUCUCAAAAAUGGUGGAAAAAGGAAAAGUCAGCAAAAUUGGUGCAUAAAAGCCGAUGAAAUGACUCAAAAAGGCAGCAAAAGAGGAGCCUUUCUCACCCUAAAAGGAACAUUUCUAUGGAGCCUUUUUCAUCCUUUUGACUUUGCCUAUGUGCUCCAAUCAUCUUUUCUCGCAAUUAUUAAGAUUUCUAUGCAAAAUUUUCAAACCCCUCUUUUUUUUUUCGAAGCGCCCGACACACAUAUAAUCUUUGUCCCCGUUUUCCGAAAACACCUAUAAAGAAAAGGAAAAGGUAGACUUUGCGUGAGUUGUAGCCGUAGAAACGCCUUGGCAACGGCCGUGUUGAUAAUUGUUUUGAAAAAAGUAAUGUCCAAUUUAUUUUUGGAUUCAUUCGACAUGUCACGAGAUAGCCUACGGUAGAGGUAAUGAGUGUGACAAAGGAAAAAAAAGCGAUUUCCCGCUUAUUUCCCCUUGGCAUGAAAUGGACAUUUUGCACGAUUACUGUGGUCAUUUUGAGCUUUUGGUGCUUAGAACUUCACAAAAAUUGAACAGAGUUGAUUUUUCAUUCAAAAAAAGUAGUUAUUUCUACGCUUUUACUGUUUAGAACGUCAUUAAAAUUGAUGCAAAUCAAGUUUUUCAUUCAAAAAGAUAGUCAUUUUUUUGAGCUUUUUGGAUCACUAAAAUUAUAAUAAAUAUAUUUUUUUAUUCAAAAAGAAGGGCAAAAAAAGGUCAUAAAAAUUUUUUAGUGUUCAAAUAACCACUAUAACGGCUCAUCGUGGCGAUACGAUUUUUUUGAAAUCAGUCAAUGCUCCUUUAAAGUUUUUUUAUCAAAAAAAUUUUUGGAACAUUUUUAUCGAAUUUGAAAAUUAAGAUUUAAUAGAAGAAUUGUUUGAUUUAAAAAAAGGCCCAUUUUUUUAUAGCUCAUGUAGGAUUAUUCGAUUUUUCAUGGGCCUUUUUUUCGAAAUUUUAAUGAUUAAAUAAGUGUUUCAAAAAAACGUCAGCUUUCAAUUUUCAAUUUUAGGCGAUCUAAUUUUGAGAAAAGCUCAAAAAUGCCUCAUUUGCCACGACUUGAACUUUUCUGACUUCUCUGCGCUCUCUUUUCUCUCGUUCUCAUAUGCUAUUUCCACGCUGGAGAGAAAGAAAGAGACGCAGACAGGUCAGACUGUUUCAAGGCGGAAGAAAUGAAGUAUAUAGCUAAUUCACGUCUGGAGCCAUCGCAAAAAGGGUCCUGACACGAUAGGAAAAGAAAUAGUGCCUGGUUAAUGGAGAGCGCAGACAGGCCACGCCCCUUAGCGUUCCAAGCUAGCCGUGAAUCGGCUAUAGAAACGUAGAAAUACAUUUCUACCUUGAAAUUUUCAGAAAAAGACUUUAUAUCCAAUUUUUUUUUGAUUUUUCAAAAUUUUAUGGAAGCUAAAAAAGAACUUAUCAAUUAAUGAAUUUUUUCAAGUUCCAGCCAAUCGUCCAACAUGAUUUCCCGGGACCACGCCGAGAUUUUGGGUCGUCGCGACGCCAACGGAUUCAUCGAGGGCUACACGAUCCACGAUUAUUCCCUCAAUGGAACCUAUGUCAAUGACUACAGGGUGAAAAAUUGACAAUCAGAAAUGAAAAAGAACUGAACGGUUUCAGCUCCAGCUGUGCAAAAACGGCGCCGCCUACGAGCUGAAAGAAGGCGACGUCGUCAAGUUCGGCCACAUGAAUGGGGCGGCUGUGAGGCCCGGCCAGGAAGCGCCCCAGGUAAUGAAGAAAACAGUUUUAUCAGGAAAUUUAAGGAAGAAACGGAAUUUUUGAGGGAAAAAUGAGACUUUCUAGGAAAAAAGGGAAAUUUUUUGGGAAAAAAUAACGAUUUCGAGGAAAAAAAAGGAGACUUUCUACGAGAAAAGGUGACUUUUUAAGGUAAAAUGAAGAUUUUCAAAGUUAAAUGAAGCCUCUAGAGGUAAAAUGAAGCUUUUAAAGGUAAGAUGAAGCAUUUUGAGGUAACAUGAAGCUUUUAAGGGAAAUUGAAGUUUUUCAAGGUGAAAUGCAGCAUUUUUGAGGUAAAAAGAAGCUUUCUAAGGUAAAAUGAAGCAUUUCAAGGUUGAAUGAAGCUUCUUAAGGUAAACUGAAGCUUUUUAAAGGAGAAAUGGAGCAUUUUAAAGUAAAAUGAAACUUUUUAAAGGCUAAAUGAAGCUUUUUUAUGGUAAAGGGAUACUUUUUGAAUGAAAAAAAAUAAGAAUAAAAAAAAUGGAAAAUUUUUUUAUGGCUUUCCUGGACUUAUUUUAAAGACCAGCUGAGAAAUUGAAAUUUGAAAAAGCUUUUGGAAAACUCAAGGUGUCAGUUUUUAAUAGAAACGGUUUUUUCAACCUUUUUUGCCCAGUUGAACAAUUUGAUAAAUUAAAAUAAAUUAUGAGGUUUUUUUUAUGAAGGAAUGGAUGAUUUGAAAACUUUCGGAAGGGUAAAAAAAAAGUUUUGAAAAAAAAGGUUUUGUAUAGCCCAGGGCCGAUGUUUGAGCUUCGAAAAAAGGAAAAAUGUAUGUCCUAAAGAAAUGAGAUUCAAUGAGAGUUUUUGUUGUUGGCCGGUUGUACUUUUGAUGAAUCUUAGCUGAAAUAUAGUUUAUGUUCAGAAAAAUGUUUUGACGAUCCAAAAAGCGUUUUUUUUUUGUGAAUUUUCGUUGAUUCUGCAAGUUUUAAAGCGUCAUAAUUCAAAAAGCAAUCAAUUUUCGUAGGUUUUUUUCCCCUUAAACUGUGCCGGAUUGACCUAAUUGUCCCAAGCUUCGAAGCUUGGGUUCAGCUUUUUUUUAUUAAACUGGGCUAGAGGGGCCUAAAUGUCCCAAGCUCUGAAAAUUACGGUUAAACUUUGUUUUAAAGACGGCCGGAGAGACAUAAAUGUCCCAAGUCUUGUUUCUCAUCGUCAAAGUUGUUUUCGAAACUUGGCCCGAGCGUCCUAAAUGCCCCAUGAUUUAAAUUGCAAGGUCAAGAUAUUUUUUUUAAGGUUGAGCCGGAUAGAAAUAAAUGUUCAAAGUCUUGAAUUUCAAAGUCAAGGUUUUUGUAAAACUUGGCCGCAGGGCCGGAGGUGCACCAAGUUUUGAAAGAAAGAGGAAAAAUCUUUCAUUAUCUGGAAAGAGAAUCUUUUUGAGCUCCUAAAAAAAGAGAAAAUUUUCAGGCGUUCGCCGAGUUCUCGUUCAUCGUCGAAAAAGCCGACCCGACGUUGCCCUACCUGGCCUUCACGGAUCAGCAUCAGCGGUACAGGGCCUUGUCGUGCCGCGGCGACACCUUCGCCUUCAAGGAACUCGAGCCCGAAGAGCGAUAUAAAUGGGUAAGGGACCCCGUUGCAGGACCAUAUGGGAAAAUUUUAAAAAAAAAUUGGGUUUUCCAAGAAAACUAGACUUUUCCUCGAGUAAAAUGAUCCUUCUUCGUCAAUUUAUGGUUGGGUUUGAAGCUAGAAACGGGAUUUUUCAAAGUGAAUAGAACCGUGAGAAGAUUUAUUAGCCCUUUAGUGACCGCUCAAGCUGUAGGAUGGGAGCUCUUCAUUGACCACUCAAGCUUUAGAAUGGGAGCCCUUCAGUGACCACUCAAACUCUAGAAUGGAGCUCUUUAGUGACCACUCAAGCUCUAGAAUGGGAGCCCUUUAGUAACCACUCAAGUUCUAGAGAGUGAGCCCUUUAGUGACCACUAAUGCUCUAGGUUGGAUACCCUUCAGUGACCGCACAAGCUGAAGGAUGGGAGCCCUUUAGUGACCACUCAAGCACUAGAGAGUGAGCCCUUUAGUGACCACUCAAGCACUAGAGAGUGAGCCCCUUAGUGACCACUCAAGCUCUAGAGAGUGAGUCCUUCAGUGACCACUCAAGCUCUAUAGAGAGGGAGCCUUUCAGUGACCACUCAAGCUUGAGAAUGGCAGCCCUCUAGUGACAACUCAAGCUCUAGAGAGUGAGCUCUUGAGUGACCACUCAAGCUCUAGAGAGUGAGCCCUUUAGUGAUCACUCAAGCUUCAGAAUGGGAGCCCUUCAGUGACCACUCAAGCUUUAGAAUGGGAGCCUUUCAGUGACCACUCGAGUUCUAGAAGGGAGCCCUUUAGUGAACGCUCAAGCUGUAGGAUGGGAGCCUUUCAGUGACCACUCGAGUUCUAGAAGGGAGCCCUUUAGUGAACGCUCAAGCUGUAGGAUGGGAGCCUUUCAGUGACCACUCGAGUUCUAGAAGGGAGCCCUUUAGUGAACGCUCAAGCUGUAGGAUGGGAGCCUUUCAGUGACCACUCGAGUUCUAGAAGGGAGCCCUUUAGUGAACGCUCAAGCUGUAGGAUGGGAGCCCUUUAGUAACCACUCAAGCUCUAGGAUAGUGAAAAUUUUGUAGUCAAAAAGAUGGAAUGACAAUUUCCGGACCUUUUUUCGAAGGCUUUUUUAAUAUAGCUUUGAGUGACUUUCCCGUAUGAUCAAGUCAUAUGAAUUUGAACUUCAUCUGUUAUUUUAGUUUUUAAAAAGCUGGAAAUGUUUUCUCAAUCUUAAAAGGUGAAAGGAAAAUUUUUUUCCAAAAGAAGACCAAUUUUUGAAUUUAAUACCACGCAAAAAAGUGAGUCAUAUUUGUAAAUUUUAAUCUUCUGUUUUAGAAGGCAGCUGCCUUAUUUCCACUCAAAUUACCUUGCAAGCAAUUUUUCCGCUUCACAAGCUUUCAAUGGGUUUCUUACCUACUCAAAAUCAGGAGGAUUACAAUUUUCUCGCUUGAAAAAGCAGCUGCCAAUUUUUCCGCCAAUUAGAUUUUUGAAAAAUAUGUUUUCUUCGCAAAAUCUUAGCAUUUUAGGCAUUACUCACCUUAAAAUUUUGAUUUACUGCUUUUCCCAUGCCAACCAAAACAAGGAAGUUUUUUUUUUCUGGCUGGAAAUGAAUCAUUUUGGCGUAUCCUCCAUGUUUCAGUUACGUGGAUGUUUGAAAAUGCAGGAGAUUAAGAAUUUAUUUUUUUCUUUCAUGUUCUUGCAUUAGGGCCUAAUCCGUUUUGGGAACGCCCUGAUGUAUGACGAUUUUUCGAAAGUUUUAAAAAAUUUUCUAGCUUUCAGUUUUUUUUCUCUCUUCAAAUCGCCAUUAAAAAACGAUCCCAUUUUUCGAAAAAAGAAGGAAAAUAUUUUUACAUUUUCACCCCGUUCCCAAUAUGACAAUAAUAGGCCUGCGAAAGUUUUGAUCAAAAUGUUCCCACGAAAUUUUGAAAUCUCAUGACCGAAGGAAUAACAUUUUGAAGAAGAAUCGCUAAAAAUAUUGUUCCUAAAAAAUACGGAAAGUGGAAGGAGUUAACAGAUCUUUGGGAAAAAUGCGUGGGAAAAAUUACGUCCAGAAAUUGAACGAGAAUUCUACUGGAGAAGGGCUUUUGGUGUUGCGAAAUUUCGUUGAUAUAUGGCUAGACGCGUUGUGUCUGCGAAGCGGUUCUAAAAAGGAUAUCUUUGAGUUCAUCCUAAAUUGAACCGCUGCGCGACCGCGACGCGCUCAGUCAUUCUAAGUGCGACCAGUGGGUCUGAAUAAGUGGUGAUCGAGGUAUAUCGAACUAUGGAAAAAGUCGGCAUGACGUUAAACAUUCUGACUGUCUGCGCUCUCAAAUCUCUCACCGGCAAGGUCCGAGAGAAACGAAAAAGCAUACAAAAGCAGGAGAGACUCCGAGAAAAGAGAGGACAGAAAAAAAUAUUUUUUUUAUCAUAGUGUUUUAUCACUAUACUCUCAUCGUCAGGAGUUGAAACUGUCUGACCUGUCUGCGCCCUCCGAUCCCUCACCAGCAGGGUCAUAGCAACACGAAAAGAACACAUAAUAAAGAGAGCCUAGAUACAUUAUUUCAAAGUCUUGUGGUUCAAAGUAUAGUUUGAAUAGACUUUUCUCAUGAAGAUUGGAUCAGUCUGACCUGUCUGCGCACUCCAAUCCCUCACCAGCAGGGUCAUAGCAACACGAAAAGAACACAUAAUAAAGAGAGCCUGAAUACAUCAUUUCAAAGUCUUAUGGUUCAAAGUAUGGUUUGACUAUACUUUUCUCAUAAUGACUAGAACAGUCUGACCCCUCUGUUCUCUCUAAUCUCUCACCAGCAACGUCAGAGAAAAACAAGAAGAGCACAUAAACACGAGAGAGCCCAGAAAAUUUUGACCUGUCCAAGUCGUGUACUGUAUAAUUCGCGUCGAUUGGUCUGAAAUGACUACGGUUUAUUUGGUUAAUUAUCAAGCGAUCACGGGCCAAUGCCUGUGUACAAAAAGAAAAGAAUGACGUGCAGAAAAGCGAGAGAAACCUGAAAGUUUGGGGCCGACCGAUUGGACAGUUCCAACUUGUUAUCAGCUAUCAUUUUUCUCCAUUGGCUUGCCUGUUUACGUGAAUAUCGAUGCCGCGUUUUCUUCUCCUCUUUCUUCGUCUUUUUUGGUUCUUCUGCCGUUCAUUGGUCGUUAUUUUUUGUCUUCCAUUGCUUCUUUUUUCUUUUUUACGAGAGAUCCAUCAUUUUCAUUGAGAAUUGUAGAAAAGGGGACGUAAUUUUGGGGUUGGAUUUUGAUUUACCUAGGGUUUCUUGAGAUUUUGAAUUUAUUGGGAGAGGAAUAAUAAUUUCAUGUUGAAAAUGAGUGAUGAAUUAAUUUAUAAAGGGAAAAUUGAGAGGUUUAAGAAUUAAAAGACGCUUUUUAUGCGGUUUUUUCAUUAUAAAGCUCCACAGUUUAUACCCUAUACUUCGAAAAUGGUAGAUUUUCGAAGAAAAAAAAUAUUUUUCUCAAGUUUCAGAUUGACUUUGGCUCAAAUUAUUCAAUAAUUUAGUUUUUGAGAUCUAAUUUGACGCUUUUUUCAUUGUAGAAAAUCCAAUUUUCGUCUCAGCCGAUUUUUUUCCCAACCAAAGUUUCAAGAGAACAAAUUGUAUGUUUUUUUCUUAUUUUUGAGCCUUUUUAAUCUACUCGAUCCUUUUUUCUCGGAAAAUUUCCAAAAAAGCUUUCCUGGGAAUGAGAAUUUUUGGCGGGAUUCGGAUCAUUUGGCUGAUUUUGUGGAAUUUUUGGCUUUUCUGUCGGAUUUUUUCGUUUUGCAAGGUGUUUGGAAUUCACCAGCUUCUAUAGUUCAUAUUUUAUUGGCUUGAAAUGGUUUUGAUGCGAUUAGUAAGAUAGUGUGGAUAGGUAGGAGGUUCAGACGUCUCUGUAGGAUUUUUGAAUUAAAUCGUCUAUUUUUUGUCAUUUUUUGAAGUCUGCUGUACAAAAGUUGUUCUGCUUUGGGUUUUUAAAAGUUAAAAUGGCUUUUUGAAAAAGGAAAUGCGAAAAGACCCAAAAAAGUCAUUUUCAAGCCUUCUCAGUUUUUUUUUUGAGUUCUCAGAUCUUCGAUAUACGUCUGAAUAUUUCCAAGAACCUCCAUUUCUGUUUAUUCUCGCGAUAUUCUUCUUCCGCUUAAAACUGAACUUUUGAAGUUCUUCUCUUCAAAAAUAUCAGUUUGCGAUAAUGUGCAUUUGGAAGUCCAAAGAGUAUCUUGGCAAGUUUUCAGAAUCUCUCCCUGUCACGUUUUUUCCUAGGAUCUCCAUCUCUCGUUCUCUCGACCCCGAUUUGUACUCGUAAAAGAGAUUCAAAAUAGAGCGAUGCAGAUUUGUCGGCAACUCUUCUUUGACUUUAGCAACGGGGAAGGAAGGGGGAAGCUGCGUGUUGCCAAGGUGAAAUGGACGGAGAUGGAGAGUGUCGGUGUGAUAGACAUGGCUGAUAUCACGAGGCAGAAACAACCCCCCUCCACGACGACGACACUGUGUUGCUGCUGCUGCUGCAACAGACAGGGGCGGCGGAAAAAGAAAGGAGGCGUGCUAGUAGAGAUUUUUUUGCUCUCCUUUUUCUCACCUCUUCAUAAUCCCUCCCCCUUUGGCGUGAUUGUGUGUGUUCGGCUCUCUGGCUCCGGCUCCAGCUUCUGAUGUGGCCUGUUUUCAAGGGCUUCGACACUUUGGUGCGUUCUUUUUAGAUGAGUCUUUGGGUCAGAUUAUCCGUGGAGCACGCUACCAUGUUGUCAUUGCGCUCUCUUAUUUUUUUCUCUUCAAACUUUGGGUCAGAAGACUUACUAGAAGCUUGACUUUUUUAUGAUCGAAGUUUCGGUCAGAUUAUCCGUGAAGCGCGGAUACUUGAACUCUGGUCGAAUAACGAGAAACUUGGCUUGAACUCUGGUCAGAUUUCUGUACUUUUGGUUGAAUCCCGCUCUUCGCUUGCUCUUCCUUGGGUAGAUGAAUGAUUUCAUUAACUUUGGGAUCUUUACUUUAUUUUUGGUCCGAGUAUUUUUGGAGCGCAAUCCUUGAUGAUCAUGAUUCGAAUUCUCCUGACUUCUUCUGGCUAUCUGCUUUUUUUUUUACCAUUGUCGUCAUAAUUCCUAUAUUCAAAUUCGAGGCAAUUGAUCCGUUGACCGGCUUGUUAUGUAGUUUUUUGAUAGUUGGGUUAUUUUUUAUUCUGAAUAAUUAUGGGCUUUGGUUCAAGAGUGACUUAGAGAGGUGUCAUAGCUUUGAUUUGGAUAUUCUCAGUUUUUUGUUUGUCUUGUGAUUCGCUUCAAGUAUGGAUCUUACUCUACGGCGAUUAUCUUUGGUUCGAAAAUGUUGGUUGCCUGACUUUGAAUUUUUAUAGUUUAUCUAUGUAUUCUCGGGCAUUGGUAACGCGGAACGGACUUGUCGGGACAUUUCUAGUGACCACUUUAGUAGCGUCAAAACUCUUAAGUGGUCCUUAGACUUGCUCAGAACAAUCCGGUUUUCAUCACCGAGGUCCGAGCUACCAGACACCAGAUUUAAGUUAUCAGUGAAGCGCACUUCAAGUUUGUCAUUUUGCUGCUUUUUAGCUUCUCUUUUCCCUCUGGUUGAUGAUAAAUCAAUUGUUCUCGAUUUUGGCACUGAUCCCGAGUUUUCGCGAUUUUUUCGUGCAAAGCUUUUGGCGUCAUUACGAAUCCGGAAAAGUCAAUUAGGCCGAUUCAAAACAAGGUUUUGAAAUCAGUACAGGUGCAAAAGGAAAUCCAGACGUUUCAUUGCAAACAAAUGGCAACGCGCCAUUAAACAUAAUGGGGCUGUAAACAGUUUGAAUUUCGAACUGUGGUCGGAUGAUCGGUGGAGCGCGAAUGCUGCCCGUUUUUUUCAUUAGUUUGAGAGCGUUUGUAGUGUUUAGUGAUGUUAUCCGUGGAGCUGGUUUAAGAGUAUUAAAAAAGUUUUUGGAUAUUUCGCGCUCUUUUUUGGAUUCGAAAAGCAUUUUCAAACAUUAUAAUGUGACAAGAGAGAUUAUAGAAUCACAUGAUCUAAUUUCGACGAUUUUUCUCCUUAACGAUCAAAAAAAAAGAAGAUAAAAAUGUUAUCUCCAUUCCCUAUUGUGACACCUUAUCAAUUGGUGUAGUCUUCCAUGAUCCUCUUGUUUUUUUUUUGAUUUUGAUUUUAGGGCGUUUUUUCUCAUUUUAGUUCUUUUCUCAGUUUCAUUCAGUGUUCAAAUUCGGAAUUAAUGUUAAAUAUACCGAUAUGUUAGAGAAUUGCAAAAGGAAAUUUUUUGGCUCCCAUUGUUCCUCUGCACCCUCUUGUUAUGAAAUGCUAUUUUGAUGCUUUUUUGACCUCUUCGGUGAGGUAGAAGAGGGCGCAGACAGGUCAGAAUGUUUGUGGCGAACAGAAUACUAGAUACAAAUUUUUCUUGCGGGACUCUCGGCAUGUAAUUUUUCCAUAAACUUCAUGCAUUAUCGAGGUUUUUAAGCUUAGAUUUUCCCCUUCAAGUCAACCUUUUCCAAUUCUUCUAUCAUUCCAGGUCGACGGAAAAGAGCCGCCGGUUACCUUGAUCAAGAAGAAAAGUAGCAUCGUGCCGGGCUUGCCGAAAGAAUCCCCGAACAUGCCCGUUUCGGCCCCGCAGCAACGCGAUUUCCGCGACGCCUAUCGGAUGGUUCGUCUUGAUUUGAACGGAAGGAGGAUUUUUGUUGAAAUUGUUCAUUUUUCAAGGAGUGGAGUUAUUAUCUAUUUUGAUCAUUUAGUCGACUAGGAAGUUGCUUUGAAUCCGUUCCAUUUGAAGGUUUUUAAAAAAAUUGUUAGGGAAGGGCUUAAUCUGUGAUUGUAGGAAAAGGCAAAACCCUAAUUUAUUUUUCACAGCGAUGAGCUUUUAGGAACUUGAAGACAAGGGCAAUAAAAAUCAUUUUUAGCCCAAAUAUGUAAAAGAAAACACUUUAGCGGAUCCUUGAAGCUCUGCAUUCGUAAGAAAUCCAACUUUCAGGCUACACAGCUAGCCGCGGCGAGCAUGGCCACCGAUGCGAGGUUCGCGUCGGCCCUGGCCGCCGUAUCCGCCGCCCCUCAUGCCCUGGCGACGACGUCGCCGUCAGCGACGCCUGCAGUCGCCCAGCCCUCGGCGAUCGUAUCCAUGCCCCAGCCGCAGAUCCCUCAUUCCUCGGUCGCCACCGACUACAGCGCCAUGUGGCUCAAUACUUACUGCGGAGUCAAUUUCCUUUCGGUGAGCAAGAAAGCCAUUCCAAAUGCAGCUAUGAUAUCUAAUUCCGGCUGACUUGAGGCAUUGGGCGGUAAGGAGAGGGUUUAGACGUUUUUCAAAAUAGCGGCGAAGUAAAUAUUACUGUAAGAAGAAGCCAUUUCAAAUGCGGCUUGGUCAGAAAAACUGAAAAAUUCGCUUCCGGCUCAUUUGAGAUAUUGUGAGAAAAGAAGAGGGCUUAGCCAUUUCUGUGGUUUUUUUUUCAAGCGAGCGGUGAAUGGAGAAUUCCUGUGAGAAGGGAAGAACUCUUGCCCAACCGGGUCAGCCAUUCCAAAUGCGGCUUCGAGCUGCCUGAUUGGUCAGAGAUGACUCAUGACCCAUUUUUGGAUUGCUCAAGUCAUUAUUCGAAGAAAAGAGAGUUUAAACGUCUCUCAAGUUGCUAAUGAAUGAAAUCUUUCUGUAAGAUGAUAGGAGUCUUGUCGAGACAGCCAUUCCAAAUGCGGCCUGAAAAUUGAAGACAUUACGCGAAAAGAAGAGGGCUUAGACGUCUCUGUCGUUUCCAAAGAGAGCCGUGAAUCUACUAUGACUUUUUAAAAGACAAAUCAGCUUGGUUGAUGGUAGGUCACAUUUGGAAUGGCUCACCAUAUCUUUCCUGAAAUAUAGAGUUCAAAUUUAGCUCCACAGAUCACUUGAAAACCUUGUCCAAAGAUGCAUCCAUGAUCAGUUUCCCAGACCAACUAGGGACCCUUUCGACUGUCUUUUCUUUAAAAAAACUUCAUACUGCGAAUUUAUCGUUCUCCCGAGCUGAUAGUAAACAACUUUAAUUGGAAGAUAAUUUCGAAAACUCGUGAUUCUCAACUUUCAAUUAGUUUCCCAUGAUAAUUGGAAACGGUUCUUAUCUCUAAAUCAUGUGAUACUCUUCUAAUUAGUUUCCCAGGCUAAUUAGAAACGAUUUUUAUCAGGAAUUGAUGAUUUUAUACUUUUCGAAUGGGUUUCCCAGGCUUAUUAGGCCUGUUUUUCAUAUCAAUUAGAGGUUUCAUACCUGAAAAGCUCAUAAACUUUUCAGGGACAUGAAAAUCGAAAGUUAUUUUUCAUAGGUACAGAAAUUGAGCUUCAACUAGGCUGAAAAUUGUCGAAAUUUUUCAGUCAUCUAAAUCAAACAUACGCGGAGUGUCAGUGCAUUUAUAGUGGUCACUUUAGUAGCGUCAGAACUCUCAAGUGAUCCCUAAAAUUUCGCAGAAACGCACGUCUGUUAUGCGUUACCAAUCUGGGAAAAUAUUAGUGGCCACUAUAGGAUUUUGACGGUUAAGUGGCCACUAAGGUAGUCAAUUUAGUGGCCACUUAAAUUGUUAAAAAUUAGUGGCCACUAUAGAGGUCUAAGUGCUACAACUGGACCUCUAAAAUUUCUAAUGGCCACUUCAGUGUCCUCUCCAAGUAGUCUUUGGCGAGCCUCUAUAGUGGCCACUAAAAAUUUUUCCAGAUCUCCGAGUUUUAAUCCGUGUGCGAUAGAGCGCACUAGCCAGAGUUGUGUGUAGAUCGAUCUUUCCUUAGAAUGAAUUUUAGUUGAGUGCCAGAGUUUCUUGGUAGAGAAAACUUUGGAAAAGGAAAAGGGGACACGGAAGUAAAAAUUUAUUUUUAUUAGGCAACUCUGGACAGAAUAUUCUCAUUUUUCAGCAGCAGCAACAGCAAGCGAGCAACCAGAAUUUCCUCCAGCAGCUGGCGUUCCUUCAGCAUCAUCAGCAGCAGCAAGGCCGUUCUCAAAUCAAUCAGCAGCUUCUGCAAGCGGUUCUGAACCCACAUGUGCCUACGACAGUGCCCACGACCUUGUUGCAUCAGCAAAUGCAGAAGUUCCAGGUAGAGAUAAUGACGUCAUGAAAAAAGAGAACGAUUUUAUUUGAAGAAUUAUAACAUCUAGUGGUCACUUAAGAGACUCCUCAAAGGUCUACUUGUAUAGGAGACUGAUGUAGGAACUGAAACCAUCGCUAUAGAAGCCUCUAGUACGCCUCUUAGGGCCCACUAUAGUGGUCCUCUUUUUGGUAGCCACUUGACUACUAUAGUAGCCACUAAAAAAAUAUCAGGAAACUCGGAGAAGGAAAUAUUACUAGGAGAGCUUCUAGUGGUCACUUAAGAAUUUCCUCAAGUGGGGAGGACACUAAAGUGGCCACUGAGACCCAUUUUAUAGGAGCCACUAUUCCGCCUCUUAGUGGCCACUAUAGCAUUGUUCAGAGAUCUAGUUAUACCACUAAGGCUGCUAAAGAGGCCACUUGAGUGGUCAAUAGCUCGACCACUAUAAUGGCCACUAAACCCUAAAUUGGCCACUUGAACUUUUCUCGGUAUUGUCAAGUUAUGACGCUUUAAAAUCCACAAAACACACAAAUUCGGAAGAAAAUAAAACUUUUGAAGCUUUUGAAGAGUCUAGAGGGCCAAAGUUACCCAAAAAAUAGCUAAUUUCCAUCGAAUGAUCUAUUGGAGAACAGGAGAAGAACUCGGGAAAAUAACAAUAAAAAAUGAAAAAGCCCUUUUCCAGAACAAUCCGCUGCUGGUUUCGCUUCUGCCCACACUGACCCCCGAGCAAAUCAUGCAGCUCCAAGCCGGCAUGCGACCCGCCGGAAUGGCUCAUCCUCCCGUCCAGAACCAGAACGCCAUGCCGUUCAACGCCCCAAUGAAUCCUAACGUGCCCGGAGCCGCAGGCGCUGCCCCCGAAAUGCAGCAGGUGCUGAAAAGAGCGCGAAUUUGACAUUUCUGGGCUUUUUCGCAGUAGAGCGCACAUGUGCCUGAUUUUUUGAAUUUUUAUUGUAGAAAUUUUUUUUUCGAAUAUUCAAUUUUUCUUAUUGAAUAUCAAUCCAACACCGGGUAAUUUUUGAUUUUUUUGAAAAAAAGCAGAAAAAAAGAAACAAUUUAUAUUUUAUUUAUGACCUUUGAAAAAAAGCAAAAAAAGAGUGCUGGUGAUAAUAUCUUCUGGUUUCAGCCGCUAGUCGUGGUCAAGCAGGAGCCGGUUCAGUCGCCGCCGAUGGAGUGCGACAGCUCCGUUCCAAGCCCUCCCAAAGCGAACGCAGCCCCUGUGGUCAACACUGCCGAUAUCGUCAAAAGAGGUCUGACCGACUUCAGAUGGAUCAGAAGACGUCGAAGACUUUCAGAGGUGCAAUCGGAAGAAGGCGGCAGUCCCCGAGAAUCGCCUCAUCGAGCCCCGGCCCCGGCUCCCUGGAACAGUACGCCGUCGCCGCGAGCCCGCGAAACCCCGGAAACGACUGAAGACGGCGAACAUCGCAAGCGGCACGAGUCCUCGGCGAUCGCCGCCGCCUCGCGACCCGAGAAAGUGACGUCUUCGUCGUCGACGCCAGCUCCACCACCGCUUCUCAAGAUGAAACCCGGCGUCGUGGUCGUCAAGCCUGAACCGACAGAACCGCCCGCACCGCACCACAAGGCCAAGAAGAAUGAAGUUCGUACCAAGGCAUCAGUCUACCUUUGAUAGUUAGAGAGCACUGGUAAACAAGAGAGCUGUUAGAGAAAGAAACUACGUUCACACUCUCAUUUUUGAACGCUCUCUAACUUUCGAAGCUGUACUAAACGGAAAAAAUGGUGUAGAAACAGCGAAAAUUUUAAGCUUCAGGGGAAGCUUCGAGCUAAAAACCUUGUGAAUUUCCAGCUGGAAUUUUGAGAGUAUAAAAGUUUAGAAUAUAGACAAAAAUGGGUAUUACAGUGAAAAAGCGUAAUCGAGUUGGAGACCUUCAAAAAAAACUGAUCUUAUAUACUGAUUUUAAUUUUUGAAGGCUUGGACUGAGGGUUUUGAAAACGGCCAUGUAUGGGUUUACAAGAAGGAAUUUUCAACGAUUCCAUCGAAACUGGACUUUUUUUUAAAAUAGGAUUGCUUUUGGAAGCGAACUCGAUGCCGUGUUCAAAGUAAUUUCCGCGAAAUGCAAAAUUAUCUCUGACUCUCCAAAAUUUAGUUAUUUUUUUCUUUCUCUGACGGCUGUUUUCGUUUGUCAUUUUGAACACAACAUGAACUAACUGGAAAUGGAACUGAAAAUGAAAUGAAUGAUUUUUUUUUUUCAAUGAGCAACCUUGCUUCACGACACAAUUUUCGCCAGUAAACGUUUUGAUUGGUCCCAAUUUGACCGUUUGUAUCACAAAAUUCGAUUCAAAAGGAACUUUCAACCUUUUUCUAACCAUAAAGCUUUAUAGCGCGAAAUUUGAACCAAGUUUUUAUUUUCUCCAUAGAGCAACCUUGCUUCACGACGCAAUUUUCGUCAGUAUCUAUUUUUUUUCUUAACGGGAAGGCAUUUUGAAUGGCAAAAAUGGAUACAAAAGUGAAUUUACAACCUUCUUCUCACCAUAAAACUUUAUAGCGCGAAAGUUUUGUAAGCAAAGUUGAACUAACUGAAAAUGGAACUGAAAAUGGAGUGAAAGGCAGUAUUUGUCUAUUGACAGAUUGCGCGGUUGCUCGACGACCUGACCGAGAGUUCUUGGAUGAACCAUGUGCGACGAAUCACAGCUGAGUGGGAACGCCGAGAAUCGAUAGAGAACCUCAAGACGAAGGUCAGCCCCCUCCUUCCCCCUCCCCCACUCCCCCCAACGACUUCUUCUCCGUCUUCAUCUUCAUUUUUUUGCGUCCUUGGCCUUCUUGACCGUUCCCUCAGUUCAAUUACCUUCUCUUAUUUUAAUCUUUCUUGAUUUUUUUUUUCUUGGUUUUCAAAGUGAUUCCGCGAAAUAAAAAUAGCCGUCAGAGAAAGAAAAAUAUAACUGAUUUUUGGAGAGUCAGAGAUAAUUUUUAUUUUCGCGGUUGUUACUUUGAGCACGGCUAGAGACAAUUUUUCAUUGCGAAUCAACUUUUUUUACUUUUUCGAAAAAAAGAAAAAGACUUUUUUUGGAAUAUACUACCUUUUUUUGAUUUAAAUUUUUAUAAUUUCUAGGAUUUUGCCUAUCCAAAAAAAUGGUUGAAAAAAACGGCUUCACAUUUUUUUGUAGAAUUUUUAACAAGUAGCCUCAAACAAAAUUCAUUUUUUUCCGCAUUUUUCCAGAUUAUUCUUGUUGAUUUAUAUGGGAUACACAUAUGAGUGGGCUAAGCUGUCACAAAAACGAAGCCACGCCCCUUUUCAUAAGCUUUUCAUCAAUUUUUCAAAACAUCCUAUAAUCAUUUCCGCUCAGAUUUUCGCUAUAUUUAUAGUGUUUCUUUUUUUCUUUGAUUUCUCGUCGUCAAGCGUGACAUGAAUCAUUGGAAAACCACCAAUUUUCGUCCCUCGUAAGCAUUUUGAUUGAGUGCUACCGUUUUUUGAAAAAUGAGCUUUAUACGAUUUUUCCUUUCAAGGGAGUUGUGUUCGAAAAUUUAACAAUAUGGCUUUGGGACGCAAUUUUUUGAGCAUUUCUUGUUGAAAAACGAUAUUUUCCUCAAUUUCUAGAUGAAAAUAUAGAGAGAGGGGGUCAUAAGUUCAUAAAAUAUAGGUGAACCAUGAAAAAAAUUGCGUUUUUGAGUUAUUUUUUUGCUGUAUUUUUCUUGCAAGAAUUUUAUUGAAGUGGUAAUUUUCUAACCUUUCAGUUCAUUUUCAGUUUUCGUUUCUAUAAAAGUUCUAGGCUUUCUGAAGAUUUUAUAGCGCUUUUUUUUUAAACUCUUGAAAGUAUUUUUUACAGUCGUUUGGCUUUUUGAGCUUCUGUGGGAUUUAAAAAACAGUUUUUUACGCUUUCUAUCCUUUUUCGAUUUGAUCUGCUUGAUUUUUGUAGUUAGAAAGAGUUGCGAAAAAGACACAUACAUCGGCUGGAUCCCACAAAGCCUUUUGCGCGCGAAAAAAAAAUUUGAAAAUUUACGGAAAUAGGCCGCACCCCGGGGUGGGACCCAGCCGACGUAUGAAAAGACAUAUUUUAUCCAAACCCCUCAUUGAUACUUUUGUUCACUUUCUAUCGAUUAAAUAAUACGGAACAAUUUUUUCAGGAAGAAAUGGAACUGAUGCGUAAGGUGUCAGAGUUGGUCGCUCCCCUCCCGCCUUUGAAGAAAAGGAAGAUGCGACAGCUGAGCGACGAGUCGAGCGCGAGCAGCGACUCCGACGACGACGACGUCGCCAGACCGGCCGACGCGCCUUCCUCGUCGGCCAGGCCUACGUCGCCGCCGAAACACACCGCGACUGCGGCCGCCAAACGCGAUGUCGUCGGAAAGGUGACUUUUUUGAGGCUACCUUCAUUGAUGAAGUGGGAAAGGGUGGAGCAUUUAUUGUCAGAAAAAAGCAAAUAAUUAUGGUUUAGAUAGGAAGGAAAUGAGCUUAGAGGUCGGACCCUUAACGUCUAUAGGGAUCAUUUGAAUUUUUAUUCUCUGGGGAGCACUACUCUGCCCGCUAAAGCAUAGACAAAGUCAGAAAAGGCUCCAUAGGAAUUUUCCUUUUUUGCUGCCUCCUCACCCUUUUUCCAGCAUUCCUUGAGCCUUUAAAAUCCCAGGAAAAAUGGAAAGGAAAGGACCUUUUCUGCUGCUUUUCUUGAGCCUCUCUCUUUUUUCAUCCACCAUUUCGACUCUGCCCGAGCCUUCGAGUUAGAGAGCUUUCAAAAAUGAGAGUGCAGCCUUUUUUUCUCUCUACAAGCCCUCUUGUUUACCAGUGCUCUCUCUUUCGAAGAUCCUUUUACUCACUUUUUGAAAUUUUUGAACAGAGAACAAAGUUUUAUGGACCUUUUGUCAAAAAGUGCAUUAAUGCACGGCUCAUCGAAUUUCGGCAAUGGGAUGCGUAGGAAAGUGAGAAUAUGUGCCCCAUCGCCAAAUGUUUGGAGUUUUUUGAGGGAUGGGCUUUUUUGGAAAAUUUUGGGAUUGAUUUGAUGAUUCAUAAGAAGAAUAAGUUUUUAAAAAUUUUCGGAUUUUUUCGGCCAUGUUGGAUUUCAUCGAGAAGAGGUUGAGAUAAAACUAUUUUUGAACCUAAAAUCUCACUUAAAGAACACUUUUUUGACUUUUUACGACAUGUUACUCUACUCCUUGGAAACAGAAAAAGUUUGUCACUUUUUGAAAAGUUAUUGAUCGACUUAUCCGCAAUUUGUCGCACUUUAAAGGUUUAUAAGUGCAAAUUUAAGAGUUGAAAAAUUGUAAAAAAAAAAAGUACCCAAAAAGCUCUCAAUUUCAAAUACUUCUGAGCUUUUCUCUGUUUGAGCGAAAAGUUCGAGCUCUGUCUUUGAAGAAGGUUUUUUUCAGAAUCUGAAAAAUCGAGCUAGAAAAUCAAUUUUUAAGACGGUAACAAUUUUUAGAAGCGCAAAGCGCGUGCAUCAUCCAGCGACGAAGAGGCGGAUUCUGAAGACGACCGGAAGAAGAAGAAGCCGAGGAAGACGAAGGCUGCAAAGGAAGACACCGGAAAGCCCGCCAAAAAAGGCCGUGGCCGAAAGAACAGUGGCUCGCCGCUGCCUCAAAGCUCCGCCGUCGGGAAGAAGAAAGCCGGACGAAAGGUGAGCCUGUGGCCGAGUGGCGUGUUCGCUCGCCUGCCAUCAAAAGAGUCAUUGGUUCAAUCCCGUUUUACAGCCGAAAAACGUGAUCGUCCAAGAGGAGCCGGUGGCGGAUCCCAAGUCAGAGUGCGGACUUUUCGCCGAGUGCACCCAUCCCGAGGCUGACGCCGUCAACUGGGUGAGAGAUUGGGACUUUUUGAAGGAUAAGAAUAACGGGAAAGUUCUCAGAAUUCCAUGAAAGAAAGGAAUCUUGCCAAAUUUCAAGGGAAUAUUCAGUCGUAGGCGUUUUCUCUAGAAAAAAAAAACUAGAUUUUUUCUUAGGAUGUUCGUCAGAAUUAUCUUUAAAUCCAUCUUAAAAAGAAGAUUCAUUUCAAAAGUCUUUCCCAUAAAAUGAAUUACUACUGACCUUAGAGGGGUCACUCAGAGAGUUAUUCGUUCCAAUUUCUGACUUUUUCGACGUUUAUCAACAUAAAACCGCCUUAGUAGCCAAUAUAAUGAGGGAUAUUCUCUCCCCCCCAAGUAGACACUUAAAAGUUGUCGAGUGGUCACUUAACGUUUAGAAGAAACCUCUAAUCGAGAAAACUUGUUGAAAAUGUUAGAAAAAAUCGUUUUUUGCGUGUUCAACUACAAUUUCAAUUUUUAGAUCAAGCUUCAUCCCUUUAUUAGGCGAAAUUUUUAUUUAUUUAGGUUUUUUUCGAUGAGCUUUGAACUGGUCUGAACACAAAAAAAUGGGAUUUUUCGAGAUAUCAUGUGCAAAUUUGAAUGCUUAAAGUUGGAAAAAUUCUUAACUAUUAUUAUUUUUUUGGUCUUUUUAGAGGUUUGAAAAAAAUCAAUUUUUUGGCCAUUAAAAGGUUUAUAAAACAUUUUUUUUUUUUCAGCCAUUGAGAAAUUUAGAAAACGAACUUUUUUGGCAUUUUGAUGUUUAGAAAGAAUUUUUACGGACUCUCAGAAAUUUUUUGAAGAUCUUAAAUUUUCAUAUUUUUGGUUUUUCAGAAUUUUGUGAUUUAAUUUUAGCGAUUCAUUCUUUCCAGAUUUGCUGCGAUAAGUGCGACCAGUGGUACCACAACAUCUGCAUUUUGGGCCGCAACGAGCCGCCGACCGACGACAAAUUCUACUGCGGCGUUUGCCAGACGAAGAAAAGCCACACGAAAAAGAGCCGCAAACGGACCAGCAGCGACUGA